CACAAGUAUACAUCGUACACCAAGCUCGCCAGAGCCAAAGACACAAGAUGCAAAUAGGCAGCAAAUUGAUAGCGUCACAAUAGACAAUCUCGAGUUUUUCAUUGACAGAUGGCCUCUGGUAGAAUGGCGGCUGCUUUGCUCUAGGCGGACGGGGAUUAAGGGUAGAUGGAACAAAAGGUGUCCUCCAGGUGUCCUCUGGCGCAUAGAGCUUUUUUGACACUUGGUCACUUUGAUGUCGACAGGGUAGCUCCCACAUUUAAGCACUUUACAUCAUGCAGCAGCUGCCUCGCCAAUAAUCUCCACACUUCGCCUGAUGUAUCCUUAACUCUCCAAACCUUUUGUCUGUUUUCCGCUCUCUGCGUUGACUGUGAUCAAACGACUUGACGUGCUGGUUGCUGGUUCUUCCCACGAGGCAGCCCACUUCUUUGUGUACAUAACCACCCACCCCCACAACCCUACCACCUUACCUCUCACCCACCCUCUCAACCCCUCCACCCUCCCUACAUAACGCAUCUCACGCCACACCGCCUCGUGCUGUACUUGACUGUACUGUAGCGUAUUCAACCUUUCACAUUCACACGCAAUGGCGCCUCCAGGACGCCGGAGACACUCCCUCUCCCCCGCGGCCAUCCUUCUCGGUCUUACCUUCCUUUUCGCACACACCGCAUCCGCCGCCUCGGCCGUUCUGGGUGUUGAUCUAGGCACCGAAUACAUCAAAGCCGCUCUCGUUAAGCCCGGUGUUCCACUCGAUAUCGUUCUCACCAAAGACUCGAAACGCAAGGAAGCAUCGGCCGUCGCCUUCAAGCCGCUCAAGAGCGGUCCUCUGCCCGCGGGAGAGUACCCUGAGCGGUUUUAUGGCAGCGAUGCUGUGGCUUUGGCUGGCAGGUUUCCUGGAGACGUGUACCCCAAUCUGAAACAGCUGUUGGGCAUAUCGAGCGCGGACGACAUAGUACGGACAUUCAAUGGAAGAUACCCUGCAUUAAAGACGGAGGCCCUGGAAGGCCGGGACACGGUUGCACUGAGGAGUGGCGUUUUCGCAGAGGAGGAGAAGUCCUUCUCUGUGGAAGAGCUGCUCGCUAUGGAGCUCAAGAAUGUCAAAGAGAACGCAAAGAACAUGGCGGGCAAAGGCUCAGACGUCACCGAUGUCGUCUUUACUGUCCCACCUUUCUAUACCGUGGAGGAAAGGCGCGCGCUCGAAGUGGCAGCUCAACUGGCUGGCCUCAGGGUUUUGAGCACUGUCAGCGAUGGAUUGGCCGUCGCUCUCAACUAUGCGACCGGUCGUACAUUCCCCGUAGUGAGCGAUGGAGCCAAGCCUGAGAUCAACUUGAUCUUCGAUAUGGGCGCGGGGUCUGCCUCUGCCACCGUGGUCAAAUUCCAGGGUCGCACCGUCAAGGAUGUCGGAAAGAGGAACAAAACCGUCCAGGAAGUCCAGGUUUUGGGCGUUGGUUGGGAUAAGACGCUAGGUGGCGACGCGCUCAACAACAUCAUUGUCGACCACAUGGUUUCUGAAUUCACCGAGGACGCCCUCGUACACUCUGCCGGUAUCACUGCCGAGAAGGUCAAGACCCACGGUCGAACCGCUGCAAAGCUCUGGAAAGAGGCAGAGCGCGUCCGACAGGUUCUCAGCGCCAAUACCGCCACUCAGUCUUUCUUCGAGAGCUUCUACGAUGAGAAGGACUUCGUCUACAAGAUCUCCCGUGCCGUUUUCGAGCCGCUUGCCAGUGAUUAUGCUGCUAGGGUCGAGGUACCCAUCAAGACAGCUCUAGAAGCCGCCGGUCUUACUUUCGAUGACAUCGACUCUCUUAUUGUCCACGGUGGUGCUUCGCGUACGCCCUUUGUUCAACAGCGUCUCGAGGCUCUUGUAGGGAAAUCUAAGAUCAAGGCUAACGUCAACUCGGAUGAGGCCGCCGUGUUCGGUGCUGCCUUCAAAGCUGCGAGUCUCAGCCCAUCCUUCCGCGUCAAAGAAAUCCGGACUACCGACCUCCAGGGAUACAACCACGGCAUCAAGUACAUGUUCAACAUGAAGGAUUUGGACCAGAAGAUCUUCACGCCAAGCACUAAGAUUGGCGCGACCAAGGAUCUGCCCUUCCAGAUGAUGGGCGAAUUCGAGUUUGAUCUCUACCAGGCUGUUCCCGGCGCCCAGGGCGCUGUCAACAAGCCGAAUGUCUUGAACUUCAAGAGUGGAAACCUGACUAGGGCAGUCACUAAGAUGAUUGAUACCGAUGGCUGUGACCGUGAUUCCUUCAACAACUACGUUCAGGUUAGGCUGAGCCCAGUCACCGGUACCCCUGAAAUUACUUCCGCAUGGGUUACCUGCGAAACCAUUGAUGAGAGCAAAGGAGGCAUCGUUGACGGAGUUAAGAACUUCUUCGGUAUGGGUGACAAGAAAGACCAGGAGCCUUUGAAAGACGGCGAGAGUGCUUCUGAAUCUUCCUCUUCCACGUCUUCUUCCAAAGCCUCCAAAUCCUCUAAAGGUUCCAAAUCAUCGAGUGCGGCUGCAGCCGAGGCCUCAGAGGACGCGACACCCAAGAAGAAGCUGAUCAGCUCCCCUAUUACAUUCACCGUGACUCAAAAGGGUUAUGAGAAGCACCCCCGUAAGGAGUUCAAGAGAAUGCAGGAUCGUCUCACCGCCUUUGAUGACUCUGACAAAUCUCGUCGUCUCCGUGAAGAGGUGCUCAACUCGCUUGAAGCAUUCACCUACAAGUCUCGCGACUACCUCGAGGAUGAGUCUUUCAUUACCGCAUCCACCGCUGAUGCCCGUUCGACACUUGAGAAAAAGCUCAACGACAUCUCUGACUGGAUCUAUUCCGAUGGUCCCGAUGCCUCUCAGAGCGUUCUCAAGGCAAAGCUCAAGGAGCUCGAAGAUAUUGUGAAGCCAGUUCUCAAGCGUAAAUCCGAAGCUGUCGAGCGCCCUGAAGCUAUCAAAUCUUUCGAGUCCAAUCUUGGCGAUGUCAAGACCGCCAUCGGCAUGGUCAAGACCCAAAUCGACGAGCAGAACGUAGCACUCUCCAAAUCCUCCGAGGCAGCCAGCAAAGCCUCGGAAGCCAGCACCGAGACGCCAUCCCCUUCUUCCGACCCUCUCGAUGAUCUAGACGAGGAUGCCUCCUCGUCAUCCGAAUCCUCCGCCGCGCCCGAAGCCACCGAAGUCGCUAUCAUGUACACGGAUGAAGACCUCAAAGUCGCCGAGGAAUCCGCUGCAAAAGCCACCAAGUGGCUCGAAGAAAAGCAAGCCGCUCAAGGCAAACUCAAGGAGCACGAAGACCCCGUCCUCACCAUCAAGGAUCUCAAGGCCGAGACCGAGAAACUCAACCAGGUCCUUAUGAACAUCAUGAUGAAGAAGAUGGCACACCUCAACUACCCCAAAUCCGGAAAAUCCAAAUCUAGCAGCGGCAACAAGAAGAAGACCACUCCCCCCAAGAAGGACAAGAAAGCCAAGUCUGGUGCUAAGUCCGAUGGCCCUACACAAGAAGAACUCGACGAGGCUCUCGAGAAAGCCGGGCUCAAGAAGGAAGGUAUCAAGCUCCAAUCCGGAGGCCCUAAGGGCGGACCCAAAGAAAUCCUCGACAAGGAUGGCAAGUUGCUGACGCAACUCGAGCUUGGGGAAGAUGCUACUGAGGAGGAAAUCAUCGCAGCUAUCAAGAAGACGACGGAGCAGGGGAGGCAGAAGCUUGAGGAGGAAAAGAAGGAGAAGGAGAAGGGUGGGCAGACUACGAGUAUUAGAGAUGAGUUGUAGAUUUCGCUCUCGUCAUUGCUUUGACAUUGAGGUUGAGGGAGGAUUCGGUGUUGAAAUAGCGCAAGUAUAGACGGGAACGAGAGUAUCUGUGUGUGUAAAGGAUGAUGGGUAGAUAAGUAGAGUCUGUGUUUUAGGAGAGGGGCUAUGUGAAGAGCACAGCCUGACUUGUGUUGUGUGUGUAUGUUCUUUUUAUCAAUUAUGUAUC